CUUUGUCCAAAAAAAAAAAAUGCAAGAUGAUCCCAAUAGACCGAUCGUGGUAAGCGAAGUUCCACCACGAAGGCAACCAAGCGCAAUGUCGUUUUUUAGUCGAUUAGAUCGAAGUCGUUCAGCUAUUUCGGAAAGCUCGAGUCAUAAGCCAAAAACAAGAGAAUCCUCGCCUUCGAAAACUCUCACCCAGACCAUGAUUGAAAAAUGGGUACAUAUGGCGUCCGGUCAAAGAUACGAAAACGUAGUUGAUGCUCCAGACGACCUAUUACCGCCGUGGGUAUCCCCAAUUAGACCAGUGCAAAGAAAUACCCCACAGGAUGUCGAAUUAUCUACAGUGAUUAAAGAUGAAGAAAGUUUUGCCGACGAUAAUUCAGACUGUUCGUUACCUGAAAUCAUCGACCAAACAGGCCCACAAUUAGAAGAGUAUUCAAUUCAGGCCAAUGAUGAAUAUUUAUCACUAUCAUUAUCUUCUGAACCAGAAGAUGCAUCAGAAGCAUACCGUACACCGCGCAACGAAUCUUCCCCAGCAGAUUCAUUGUCGUCACCAGGUCCAGACAUCUUCUGCUCACCACUAGAGGAUUUUUACCCUGAAGCUGCACCUGAGCCGUAUAAAACAUUCCGCGACAAUAACAGUGAUACUGAUUCACAAGCAACAAUUCAAUACGAUUCACAGUCAGACAAUUCGCAAUACAAUAUGCAAGAAAAUAUGUUACACGAAAACGAGGUCAGAAAUCUGUCUAAUUCGCGUAAGGUAGCACCAUACGCUUAUAACAGUGACUUUCAACCAUCAACCUCCAACGACUCUCAAGUCGAUGUCAAUAUACCAGAAGCAUAUAACUCCAAUGAGAACCAAGCGAAUACAGAAACCUCCAGCCCGACAAAUCCUUCUCGUUACGAAGAUGCCGAAGAAAAUACUUCAAAAACCAGUUCGCCAAAUCUUCUUCUCAGUCCUGUUAAUGACGCUGAGAUCUUUCAACACCACUCUCCACCACACAAGUCUUCCGAUUCACAGGACAGAUUUUUCGAAAAUCUGUUGUUUGAUGCAAGUACUGAAACGAAGUCAAUAGAAUCAUAUGUUAGUAGUAGUCGCAAGCAGUACCCACAGUGUAACAGUGAUACCGAAUCCUCUUCUCAGACCAAGCCUGCUACAAAACUACAGAAACUCAAUAAAGAUGAAAAGAAAGAGAAAGGAAAACACAAAGAAUCAUCUUCAACUCGUCUAGUUCAAUCACAAGAAGCAACUAAGCUUAACCGACUGGAACAUAAACCCCUUAAAAGUACACUGAAGACGCCCAAGACAAUCGAGACAUAUUUCUCUAAUUCUUUGGGUACGUCCCAAGAAGGUGAAUUAGAUAUCGGUAGAGAAUCAGUACCUCCCUCAUAUGGUUACCUUGAUACUGAUGUGAAAAAAGAGGGUAUAGAUAGCAAAAAAGAUACAUUGGAGGAUAGAAGGAGAAGACCAAGAAUUGGUCUGUCUAAAAAUGCCUUUAAAUAAAAAAAAUACAAGAUCCUGAUAAAUUAUAG